AUGAUUAAACCAUUUAGAGGAACCGAUGGAGCAUAAUAUGCUCACAAUUUUAAAAACACCUAUCUCUCCGAAGCAGAACUUUCAAAGCCUUCAAAAGAAGUGAGUGAACAGAUUGCAAUCCACACCAAGAAACAACUAGAUCAAUUGGUGUUCUCAAAGUAAUGCGCAACCAUGGGAUAACUCAGAGCCUCGGAUGGAGCUGCCCAAUAAUAUAUCAAAUACACUCCCAAACAAGGUGAUUAAUAGCAAACCGGCUAGGAGAGAAUUGUAAAAGUUCAAGCCCAGUAAUUGGAUCCAAUGGAACCUCCUCGUUUUAAACAUAAAAGAAUUCCUAAAGGCCCAGGAUCACCACCACCUAUUCAAAUGAGAUCUCCACCUAGAAAGUUGACUCUCAAAGAUCAACAAGAUUGGAAAAUUCCUCCUUGUAUUUCAAAUUGGAAAAAUGCCAAAGGUUACACAAUCCCGUUAGAAAUGAGAUUGUCCGCUGAUGGUAGAACACUCUAACAUCAUACAGUAAAUGCCAAAUUCGCCUAAUUAACCGAUGGUCUCUAUAUUGCUGAAAGACAAUCCAGAAAAGAACUUGAAGAGAGAAAUAAGAUAUUGAAAUCUAUGCAAUAUAAAGAAUACUAAGAAAAAGAAGAAGAAAACAGGCAAAAAGCUAUGGAAGCCAGAUAGAGAAAGAACCUUCUCUUGGAGUAAACUACAAAAUAAGAGGAUGCCUCUGAAAAUUAACAAUAAUAAGAGCUUUAAGCCAGAGAAGAAUUAAGAUACUUAAGAAAAAGAGAACUUGAAAGAUAGUUAAGAUAGGAAAACCAAGGAAAGAAGAGCAAAACUAACAGAGAUAACGACAGAGACAUCAGUGAAAAAAUAGCCUUGGGUUAAGCAUAACCUACUACUCAAAAUACUUUAUAUGAUCAAAGGUUAUUCAAUUAAACUCAAGGAGUGAAUCAUGGAUUUGGAGAUGAAGAUGAAUAUGAAGCAUUCGACAAACCCUUGUUCAAUGAUAAACCAAGAGCCAACCUAUAUUCUGGAAUUCAACAAGGAGAAGAAGAUAAUAACAAUAACAACUUAAGAAAUGUUCCUGUUUAAUUUGAGAAAGCUGAAAAUAUUUUUGGUAUGGAUUCGUUUAUUGCUGAUCCUGUUGCUAAAAAGGUUAAGCUUGAUUGAGCAUUAAAAUUAUCGAUAUUAAUUAUUAUAACAUUCAUAGUAUAUU